AUGUGCUGCCUGGAGCAUGCGUUCCAAAAGUGUUCCAGGCAGAGGGAAGCAGAGCACGAAGACCUGACGUGGAGCACACCAGGCAUGUUCCCGGAACAGCAAAGAGACCAGUGCACCCUGAGAAACGUGGACAAGGAGGUCGGAGAGCAGAGGUCCCGCGAAGAAAGGGAGAAGGCAAAAGGCAUCACCUCCCCCUCCCUUGAAAUCAGCCUCGCACCUCCGGCCGGCCCCACCUGGCUGGCCGCAGGUACCAGCCUCGCGCGCCACGCAAGGCCGGGAGCCUCUUACCUUCGUGCCCCAGCCGCGUCCUCCGGGCUGGAGAAGAAAAGCCUGGAGGCCCGGCCGCGCCGCCCCCGGGGCUCCCUCAGCGCCCGCCCAGCAGCCGGCGCCGCAGCGGCCGCGCCACGGCCCCGAGCCGCCGGCACCACCUCAUACUGCGGGGCCGCCGCGCGCUCCCGCACCUCCCUGCGGGAUGAGCUAAUCCAGCCCCGCAGCGGUGCUGCGGGGGAGGGGGCCCCCGAGCGGGGCCCGGAAUCCGGCCCCAGGGACCCCGGAGUCCUGAGAGAACAAUGUGGGGCCGCGAAGAGUACGAGCGGAGCGGCGUGGCGUGAGCAGGCGGGCGGGCGGGCGGCUGGCGAGCGGCAAUCCGGAGCAGCGUUUGUGUGCCACAGCAUAGCAACCGAACAAGGCGGCUGCGCAAACGCCGCCAGUCAGCGGCCGGGAGCGGCCGCGGCGGCCACGAGAGGCGAUCUCGCGAGAGACGAGGCCAAGCCCCUCCCCGCCGGCGCCGGCUGGAAGCGGCUGCACCAGCCGGAGCGCGGGGGACGGGCAGGUGCGAGGGAGGCGGGACCUGGCUUCAACACCCCACCAGGGCCGGCCUUCAUGAAAACUUCUUUCAAAAAGCACUUUCCUCGAAGCCGUUAA